UGGGUUAAUUUUGUCAAUUUAGAAGUACAGUGGCCAGUGUCUGAAUAUAACUUAUAUUAUAUUAAGGGGCAAUAUUUUCCCCUUUUAUUAUUUUUACCAUUUAUGAAGGCAUUCCAUUUAAAACAAGUUUCAUCUGUUUGUUUAUUUCAAAUACUUGUAUCAUUAAUCAUUAACACAAAUUCUUAAAAUUGAGAAUUUAGUACCUCUUACUAAAUUUUUAUGCCAUAACAUGUAUAACUCUGACUAUAGUAGAAUAUUAUGAACUAUAUCUGAUAUUAAAAAUAAAAUGAAAAAAAAAAAAGGGGGGCAUUUUUUUUUUUUCCCACAACAGUUUGUUUUAGGGUCAUUUUGGUGACAUUUUUGCCUUGAGCCCUACUUUAUUUCUGACACUGACAUAAAAAUGGAUACAAAGCGAAUAACUGUGAACAAAGUCUUUUAAUUUUGAUUUCAUGGGGUCUUAAAGGUGCACUCAGUAAUUUUUUCCUCAUUAAAAAAGUUUAACUCCUAAAGACAUGAAUUGUAAUUUUGCAAUAUAUGUAGGAAAUCUUGACCACUCACAUUAAAAUGAAGACUCCAGUCACAUCAGUAAACUUAUAAAAGCUGUUUUAUUCUACAUGGAGAGCGUCCACACGUUAGAAUCGCAUGAGCAGCCGAAUACUACUAGUUUAAUCUCAGUAACUGCCCUGAUAUUUGACACUUUCACUCACUGAUUAAAGUAAUUAUGGCUGACUGUGAAUACUAAAUUUCUACAAUGACAUCUGAAACUGAAAACUAUUGAUUUUAAAUGAUGCUGCAUCCAAGCCGCUAGGUCCAAGAUGACAGUCAAAAGAUACUGAGUGCACCUUUAAAAGCCACUAGAGGGCAACACAUGCAAAGUGCAAAAAGAUAAAACCAAUGCUCAAGAGUCAGCACCAGACUGUUUGAGUAGUUUUAUGAUCUCCAUUUUCCAACAAUCAGCAAGAUCAACACAUUGAGCAAAUGAUUAUGAUCUGUCUGAUUUACGUACUAGACCUCACUAAGAAAUCGAAACAAAAACAUAUUUUCCUUUAUUGAAAAGCUGUAGUACCAAAAAUUCAGUGUAGUCUAUUAAAUGCUCUAAAAUAUGUCUGCGUUUUACUUUGUAUUUGAUCAUUUUAAAUAUGCAGUUACCAUAUAUAAUAUCUGAUGCUUAUAAAUUACCUGUUGAUUGACAGUUGUCAGUCUUACAUUUAUGUAUUUCACAGCUGUACUGUUUAAUUGCUGUAUCCUUUUGUUUUUGUAAAAGUAGCACACUAGAGUUUCUCUGUACUGUGGGCCAUCAUCCUUCAGUCUGCUCUCCCUCUUUUGUGCACCCCCCUCGGUUUCACCCCUCCUUUCUCAUUUCCUGUGUCCUGUCCUGUUGUCAUGACCACAGUUGCCAAGGAGAGGCAGCCACAAGAGAAAGGAAACUUAAACCAGAGAUCUUGCAGCCAUAAUAUUUUAUUCAUCAACAUAGACUCUCAUGUCUGGCCGUUAUGGAGAGGGACAAAACAAAGGGAGCAAAAUGACAAAACAACUGCAAAGUUAUAUUUUUGAUCAAUAGUUACAUUUUAAAACUUUUUAUGCCUUUUUUCUUUCAUAAAAGUAGCCUGAAAGAACAUAACACUAUCAAUUUAUCUUUAAUUGCCUUGCAAAUGACCGUAUAAUGCAAUCAUUUUUACCUCUGUAAAAUAUUCCUUUACAUCUUGAAUGCUGUUUAAAUGUACAACUCUCCUCAAAAAAAAAAAUAAUUUCCACUCUUAUACUGACACCAAGAAUAAAAUAAAUUGAUUGUCAUAAUGAUGCGUGUUUUCUGAAUUUACUGUUGCAAAGAAUUUUCUGUUAGUCAUCCCAGCCACCCUCAUACGUGAAACACCGUCACAACUCCUCUCUCUUAAAGCAGUCUCACAAAAGAAAAGCUAAAAAAAAUUUUUUUUUAAAUCCGUAACAGCCCUUUAAAAGCACAGAACGUUUUUAAGCCCCAUUGUUGAAGGCCCCUUGAUUGUCUUGUGUUAAUUGAUCCUCCAACACACACCACUCUCGCCCUACCCCCUCUGUCUGCCUCCAUACACUGCCAUUCUCUACUUCCCUUUCAGAAUGAGAGCGUUUUUGGUCAGCACCUUUUCUAAAGAUGGACAAGACUGGCACACUUGAAACACCUGUAAGUGUUAUCGGGCCGCCCAAUAAGUGAUCAUCGCUCUGACAGCAGACAACCAACCAACGAAGGUUUUGUUGCAGAGAGGGAAAAGUACAUUGCUUUUGUCUUUGCCCAAGUGGCCUGAAGCACAGCACCCUUUUAGUGUUCCGUCCGCUCUUGAUUCGACCCUCCUGCAAAUAAGAGCAUCUUCAACAAUAUAGAGAACCUGAGAGAGGAACACCUCUUCACACUUAAGGGUUCCACACUUACAGAAAAUAUUAUGUGUGGUCACAUCUGAAGAAUCUUUUUAUCAAUGGGAUUUUACUUCAAGCAAAACUGCAAGAUAAUUACGAAGACCUGUGGAUUGUUUGCUGUUUUCAGACAAUUUGUUUGUGGUCCAUUGCUCCAAUUUGGGUUGUGUUUGACAUUUGUUUGGUCCUUGGAGGUACUACAUCUUUGACAGCCAUUGCAUCCAUGUCACAGUAUCAAAUUUAAUCUGUGUGACCUGUUUGGGUAAGACAACACCAAACUGGGCAGCAACAGAGAUACAUGUCCCAGCGAUAGGAGUAGAUCUUUCUUUACAGCGGAGAGUACAGUGGUGUGCGAGAGACUGACUUCUGCUCUCCGGACGUAGCCUGUGAUGGUGGUACUUCAGAAGUUCAGUCAAUCCCAUGUGGUUGAGCUGAGACAAGUGUCAGCACUGCUCUGGGUUCUUUAAUUAUUCAUCAACUCAAAGAAAGACCAGGUGAAAGUGAACACAACUGUCUGAGUGAGAUGAAAAGAGAGUCUGUAAUGAGCGUAAACAAUACUUUGUCUUGAGGAAUUUGAAAGACAAAUCUGACAGGUUUGACAAGCAAGUUUCCAGAAGACAGAAGGAUUCAGAGGAGACCAAGACCAAGAGAUUUUGGUCUGUGGGCAAGGAAGGUCGGAGACAAUUAUCCAUAACUGGACCAACUGCAAUCGGAAAGGUGUCGUCGAGGUUGUGGCCCGAGGAAGCGUGGUACUCAGAGGGUGGCGAAAUGGUGAACACUGGCAUGCAGUUGAUCAGCUUCACCUGUGCUGUGACGGGCUGGGUGAUGGCUAUAGCAGUGACUGCGCUGCCUCAAUGGAAGGUCACAGCCUUUAUAGGCAGCAAUAUCCUCACCUCUGAGAUUGUUUGGCAGGGGAUCUGGAUGAAUUGCAUCUACCAGACCACCGGCCACAUGCAAUGUAAGACCUACGACUCCAUGCUGGCCCUGCCGCCUGAUAUCCAGGCGGCACGUGCGCUGAUGUGCAUUGCUAUCUUCUUGGGCUGGUUGUCCUGCACUGUCUCUUGCUGUGGCAUGAAGUGCACCACCUGCGCCGGGGACGAUCGCCAUGCCAAGGCUGGCAUAGCACUGUCCGGUGGGGUGCUCUUCAUCCUGACGGGCCUGUGUGUCCUAGUACCAGUUUCCUGGACAGCAAACACUGUGGUGCAGGACUUCUAUAACCCCAAUGUUCCCAUACAGCACAAGCGGGAGCUGGGUCAGGCCAUUUACCUGGGAUGGGCGGCAGCGGUGAUCCUUAUGAUCAGUGGGGCAGUGCUGAGCAGUACCUGCCCACACAUUGAGAGAGGAGGGUACAGACGGGGGUACAUAGGCCGUAGUUUUGCCAACUCGAGGCCUUCUGCACCUGAUCUUCCCAAGCCUAUCACCACCAACAGCCUGCCUCUUAAGGAGUAUGUGUGAUGAGGAGAAAUGAAAGAUGAUGUUAAUGAUGCAACCUUGGGCCAAUAGGGAGAUAUCUGCAGGAAAAUGGAAGGAAAUUAAAGGUGCACAUUUUUUUCCACUCUUACUUUUUCUGUUUGAACUGUUGGAUCGUACCCAUGUUAAUCCAUACCAUCACUCUUGACUAUGCUGUUGACUCUGGCUCCUUCAUAAUGUUGCGUCUUUAAUAUGUACUGUAUCUUGCUUGUUUUGCUUAGAUGUACUUUUAUGUUUAGAUUUUGUAAAGUGACUUGAGCACUGGAAAAGCACUAUAUUAAAAGGAUAGUUUACCCAAAAACUAAAGAUUUUGUCAUCAUUUACUGACCCUCAUCUCAUUCCAUACCCGUAUGACUUAAUUUACUAAGUGGAAUACAAAGGGAGAGAUGUUAAGCAGUAUGUUAGUCUCAGUAACCAUUCAGUUUCAUUUCAGCUUUUCUUCUCUCUCCAUUCAAUGAAAGGUAAUGGUGACUGAGGCUGUCAUUCUGCCCAAUAUAGUCUUUUGUGUUCUUCAAAGGUUUGGAACAACAUGAGGGAAAGUUAAUGAUGACUUAAUUUUCAUUAAUGGGUUAAUUAAUUCAGUCAAAUUGCAAGUCAUGACUGGUCGUGUGACAAGAUAGCGGCCCCCAUGAGUGGGUGACCUGCCACUUUUUGUAGGCCACUACAGUGUUUUCAUCUGCCGUGAGUAGAACAUUUUAAACAUAUUUGUUAAAAUUACUAUUAUUUAUUAUUAAAAUUAUUUUAUGUGAAAGUUACCGAGUGCACCUUUAAUGUUAAAAGAUUUAUAGUAGUAUUUAGUAGGUCCAAGAGUUUCAGAAACAUCUUUUUCAUCCUUUUUGUUUGUCAGUCCCUCUGAAUCAACACUUCCUAUGAGAGUAUAACAGACAGUACCUCAUUAAGAUGAGUUUUACCACAAGUCAAAUUUGAGUUUUGCUUAAGUCUAGAAGCAUUAACUGUGUG